GACGUGCGCUACGGAUCCGGCAGCGGGCAGCAGUCGGUGACGGGCGUCUCGGCCGUGGACGACAGCAACAGCUACUGGAGGAUUCGGGGGAAGACCUCCACGGUGUGCGGGAGGGGGACACCCGUGAAGUGCGGGCAGUCCAUCCGGCUGACCCACAUCAACACGGGGAGGAACCUGCACAGCCACCACUUCACCUCGCCCCUCUCAGGCAACCAGGAGGUCAGCGCAUUUGGGGAGGACGGCGAGGGAGACUACCUGGAUGACUGGACGGUGGUGUGCAGCGGGCCGUACUGGGCGCGGGAUAGCGAGGUGCGGUUCAAGCACUCCUCCACUGACGUCUUCCUCUCUGUGACUGGGGAGCAGUAUGGACGGCCCAUCCAUGGCCAGAAGGAAGUGCACGGCAUGUCCUACUCUAACCAGAACAACUACUGGAAGGUCAUGGAAGGGAUCUUCAUGAAACCCAGUGAGCUGCUGAGAAUGGAUCCCUACCAUUCUGAGUUAUGACAGACUGCGCUGGAGCUUCCCAGCGUUGCAGUACCUUUACCGCAAGUGUUCAGCUCCUGUAGGGACCUUUCUGCUUCCAGGUGCCUUUGCAGCAGCUCUCGGUCGCUGGAGCAGUUGGGCACAGGCCAGGCAGCAGAGCCCUUGUUCCCCUUCUCUUUCCUUGACUGGGUCUCAUUAUCCCUGUUGGUACAGGCUUCAUCUGUUGCAACAGGCUCCUCUCACAGCAGGUUCCCCACCCCCCCUGCAGAGGUGCUAAGCCAAACUCUCCCACAGAAAAAGGGACCAUUCGUGACUUGCUUUCAUCACCUUGCAGUGAGCCUGUUCUCACUGUCACAGUUUCAUUUGUUUGUCUCUGUAAGAUCUGUACUGCUGACGUUUGUGCACAGACGUGUCCUGGGGAGAACUGCUGACAGGGGCUGGGCCAUAAAAGAAUUUACUUCUCUAA